UACUUAUACGCCACACUCUUCCUCUCCCGAUUGGCUGGCUUCACGUUGCUGCUGAUGUGGUGUUCUGAAGUCAGCGUAGCUGUUCCUCCGUUUCACCCAGGUUCUUUGACAUAAAAAAAAAAAAGCAUUUGCACCUCCUCCAAAAAUAAUGCCUUACUUUCAGACUUGGGACGAGUUUUCUCGCGCAGCAGAAAAAUUGUAUCUGACGGACCCCAUGAAGGCCAGAGUGGUAAUCAAGUACAGGCACUGCGACGGCAAAAUUUGCAUUAAAGUGACCGACAAUUCCGUGUGUUUACAGUACAAGACGGACCAGGCUCAGGAUGUGAAGAAAAUCGAGAAGCUGCAUGGCAAACUGAUGAGACUGAUGGUGUCCAAAGAGACGCACAGCGGCACUAUGGACACGGACUAACGUAGUUGAGACGGAGCACCGCUACCUGGACUAAGUUCAUUGUGGUCGUUUGGGAGCACAGAACCACCUGAGUGGGAUUCAUGGAGAGUCUGACGGAGCGGAGCAAUGGGGGAGUCAGAGAUGUGAUUUCUAUAUGCUGUCUGUAACAUUGAGCUCAGGAUUUUGGAACAGUACUUUGGAGUUAUUCUCCUGGUUUUCUGCAUAAGGCAUUCGAUCACACAUCUCUGAUUGUAUGUUUGCGAAUCUAAAGUGGGUCAAAAUGAGAAGUAUUGGCUAAAUGUGCGAAAUGGGCAAAUGUGCUGCUCCUUAGCAGCUUUGGCGCCUUCAUUUCUGUUAGUAGAGCUGUCAGCUAUUUUAAUUUUCAAGUGAGAUGAUCAAUGAAGAUGUUGCAACCCUAAUUGCGAGUACAUCAAGUAGUAAUUUGAUUUGGACCCGGCUCUGAAUUUUUCCCCCCCCCCCCCUCUUAUGGACAUGAACACAAACUUGAAGCGGAACCUGAUUUUCUUACAAACCUCAGCAUCUUUCUAUUACAUUUGCUUACAACAGUUACAUCUUCAAUAAAUGUUUAUUUACUCCA